GAUUCGUCAAGACCUUGACCGACAGGAAAAAGAGCUGUCAGAUGCUAACAAAACUGCGCUGUUUGACAGAGUUGUUUUUAUCGACAGUACAUGGCAACAGUGUCAUCAAAUAAUAACUGUAAGUAAGUUGUAACUACUGUGUGUUGUUAUAAGUAGUGCAGUGAAGUCCUGCCAUUAUAAUAUUAAUACCAUAAAUGAUCAAUUAAGCACUGGGGCGCUUGUUUCAUUUUCCCUGUUAAAGGUUUGGCACUUAAUCGAGAGCGGUGCGUAUUUCAACUAUGGGUAAAACACUGAGAGGAAUAAAGAGAGAAGUGAGUGGGUGCGUACUAGGUAAACACAAUUCAAUACAAAAUUAUUUCGAAUCAAACACAAUAGUUAUCCUGAAAGCAGUUUCCCAGUCUCAGUGAAAUUAUUGCUGCUCAAAUACAAGAGCUAACAUGAACACAGUUUCUCAGUCUCUCUGAAGGUUUAAUAAUUUUCCAAUUGUUUUUACCUCUUGUAAGUGACCACUUGAUGUAGGUGUGUUGUUUGAUCUCUAUGUUCGCUGUGUGCACUAUGCUGAGUACUUAGAAUAUACAAAUAACUUUUAUGACAACAUGGAACUACAAAUGGCAUAACUUAGAAAUUGCAUGCAAAAGAUUUUCUUCCAUAAAGUAAAUGUGCCCAGGCAUCUUCUUGGAAAAGGCCCCCUCUGGUUCGAUUCUUGUAACCGACCACUAAGUCUUUGCAUUUGGAUGGUUGCUUGUGGGAGGUUUGACUGUAAUUCACUUUGUUUGAUCAGCUUUAAAAAACAGCUUUUGGUAUCCCAUGAAUUUAUUAGGAAUUUAAGCAAUUUUUCUUUCAGUACUUCUAAUCUGAAGUUUAAAUUUGCUCCAGAAAACUUCACUUGCCCUGUGGACAAUCAUAAAAUCAGCUAAUCAUGGCUAUCAGACACAACUUUCUUUGCCACCAUCAAACAAAAUGCAUUUUUCCUUUCCAGGACAAAAAAUUGGAUGGUCUCAGAAGGGUCAAACUUGAAAGUGCUGUGACACAUUUUUGGAGGUAUACAAUUGUAAAUUGUAUUUUUAUGUAACAAAUAAAAUCACCAUGAAGUAUGAUGCAGUCUGUAGUGUAUUUAAUUGAUGGCAUUUAUUGUAAUGUAAGAAAUGUGUUGUAGACUAAUUAGAGAUUCAUGGAAUUGUUGACUUCUUUAGGCCUCAGAGGAAUAAACCAGACACUUGCCUAGCAACCAUUGAAGCAAUUUAUUACUUCUUCAAGGAAUAUGAACAACAUAUUUUAAAAAGGUACAUGACCUGCAUUGCCAUUAUCGUAAGUUUUUGCUCUUACUAGUGAUGUUUUCAAUUCUGAGUGCGAUAGACUUUUUUUGAAGAAUAAUGUUGUAUUACUUGAAAGCAAAUGUAGACACUGACUCAAAAAGGAAGUUCUGCUACUCGAAAGUAUUGUACCUGCAAAAAAGCCUAAGUUAGGAUGCAGAUUGUACCAUCCAUCUACACUGCUGUUCCUCGCAGAAAAAAAAUUGGCAUUUUCAGAAGAAAAGGUAAAUAUUGCAAGACUGUUCCACUUGAAAUAUUACAUGCAGAUUUAGUUCUCAUGUGAGAAUACCAUGCUACUCCACUAGUACAAUGUCAAAUAAUUAUGAAUACUAGUUUAAGGUACGUAUUAGGUACUGUAAAAACUAGUAUGAUUAAGUGGACUGUUAUUAAAACUCCACUGACUACAAAACCAGGAAAUUUACUUCCCAGAGAGGCUGGUUCUGGGCUAUCAUACUUUUUUCUUGGCCAAAAGGAGCUGUUGAUUCGAGGAUGUUGAAAAAGAUAUAAAAUCGCUUCCACCGUACAGCUCUUUGCAAGCUUCACUAUCCUGACAAGAUGACCACCCUGGGUGAAAACUAAGACUUCUAAGGGCCUGUUUACAUACAAGUGGGGGAUCGUAGGUAGGUGAGGAAGGUAACCGGCAUGUCCAUAUAAUCUCUCAUUUUUAUUUGAUCACAUUUACGUGAUAGGUGGGGUGACCGUAUGAGAGAUUACAUGGACAGAAGGGUUACCUCACCUUCAUGGGGUCCCCCACCUCAAUGUAAACAGGCCCUAAAUUUUGCAGAAUUAUAAUACAACCUCGUCCCCAGGGCGCUUUUUCCUGGCUUUGGUACCUUUUUCCGCCCCUCCUCCAAAGCCAGGGAAAAGCGCCCUGGGGACGAGGUUGAAUUAUAAUUUUAAUAUCAAAGACCUUCAAUGCCAAGAAUUGUUUCUUUUCAUAUAACAAGUGCCAUGCAAUAUAUAAGCUUACGUACAACAAUUACUGUUCUUAUUGAUUUUCUUAGAGAAUAUGAUGGAAAAUUUGACAAUCUGUUGUAUUUCUUUGCCUUCCAAUACAACUUGAUACAAGAAGAGCAAAUAAAGAGGCAA